AUGGAUACAAACACGCCCUGCGUCUCUUUCAUUGGCAUUGUCGAUUUCACAGAAAAUGCCCGAUGGCUAUACCUCUCAGAAUCCGUCUAUGACCUCCUCGGUUUUGAGCCCCAUGAACUGGUCGGCACGCCGUCUCUGGACCUUGUCCACCCUGACGAGUUUGUUCAAGUCAAGGCAAUGCAUUACUCGACUAUCACUCAGGACAGAGCCGCUGUUCUCGCGUACCUGCGCAUGAAGCACAAGGACCCAUGCAAGGGCUACAUCCUUUGCGCCAUUUCUCGUACCGUUGCGCAGAAUGUGCUUGUUGGCAGUGUCUCCUUCGCGUCUCCAGGCCCGAAGGCUAUGCACAACGCUUCCACCGCACAAGAAGUAAGGAUCAUCACGCCAUACGCCAAAGAUUUUGAGUUAAGGCGAUGGAACGAUCCGAAUCCCAUGCCCCCAUGUCGAGUCCCGAGCCCUAUCCGCAAUGGUGGUACUCCAGGCUCGUCUAGGUCUUCUUCACCCGAGUUGGAAGAGGGUCCAAAACACUUUGCGCCUCUUCCUGAACAAUCCAUCCGCACUGCCCUCAUUCUCGACCGGUUUUCCCUCACCUGCCCCAUCCUUUACUGCUCGAACGAUAGUCUGCUCUCUACUCCCCGAGUUAUGGGCAGGUCGUUCUUCGAUUUCGUCAUGCCCAAGGACGAGGAUACCGUAAGGAGUUGGAUUGACGUUAUCAAAGGCUGGGGUGUGAACGAGCGCGGGCAGCCGAGCGACGGUGGGUUCGGUUUCGGAAAAUUCGGCAUAUGCAUCGAAGGGAGAGACUCGAGCCCGUCAACGUCACGGCGCGUCUGGAGCGGCUCGCGAUUCACACGCGGGCAGCCGUGA